AUGUCUCGACCAAUUGUGUUUAUGGAAUUCAAUGUCGCCAACAAGAAAGUUGGACGUGUAGAAAUUGAAUUGUUCUCCGAUAUUGUGCCAAAAACUGCUGAAAAUUUCCGAGCAUUGUGUACAGGCGAAAAGGGACAAAAAGGAGGAAAGGCAUUGCAUUAUAAAAAUUGUAAAGUGCACAGAAUUGAACCAGGAUUUUGCAUUCAAUCAGGAGAUAUUUUGAAAGGAAAUGGAACUGGAGGAAAAUCAAUCUAUGAUUCUGGUAAAUUGGAAGAUGAAAACUUCACUGUAAAACAUAGUGGACCAGGAAUUGUUUCAAUGGCUAAUAGUGGACCAAAUACAGCUUCAAGUCAAUUCUUUUUCACAAUGUCAGAUGAAGCUUUACCUCAAUUGGAUGGAAAGCAUGUUGCUUUUGGUAAAGUUAUUUCAGGAUAUGAUGUUUUGAAGAGUUUGGAACAAUACGGAAACAGAUUAGGAAAUGUGGACAAGAAAGUUGUCAUUUGUGAUUGUGGUCAAGUUCAAUAA